AUUUGUCCUAAAUUCGCGAUAUUUUUAGUCCAAAGACAUUUUUGUCUUUCUAUCCCCCUAUCUCCUUCCUCCCUGCAAACGCCUAUCUAGUUCCAUAUAUAUUUUACACAUUGGUUAUGGGCAAAUGGCAAAAUUAGCAAAAAAUCGAGGAAGGAGUAGGUUUUUUAAUAGUUGUUAUAAGCCCGUACUUUUCAACGAUGAUACUAGUAUAAUUAAACGGAAUCAUCUGUAUAAUUCAACAGAUUUAUCUAAUUUGAAGAGAGUAAGAUCACAAGAAAAAUUGGAUUCAAUGUUGGGAAAAGAUUUGACCAAAAAUUUUCGACCAAAUCGAAAGGAGAAUGCCUUUGGCAGGAAUUUAUCUAAUGUACUCAAAAAUGUGUUUUCUGAUACAUCAUUGGGGAAGAAAGGCCAGAGGAAAGAGCCUAAGUAUUCAUUUGGAUCAUGUAAAAGGUUAUCAUCAAAAUUUGAGAAAAUAUUUCAUUCUACAAAGGAAAGAAAAUCUUCUUCAUCAAAGGAUUUAUCAAAAAUUACUAAUAGAAUGUCCACAAGUGCAAGCAUGGAUGAUUUUUCCCUAUUCACUACUUCUACAUCCUCUACAUUUUCUUCUUCUUCUUCGUCUUCUUCUCGUUCAUCUUGUUCAUCACAGAGAACGCAAUUUCCAUCUUUUCACAGGUCAAAAUCAGCGAACAAUAUGCAAGUUUAUGACAACGUAAAAGAAAAAGAAAUCGCGCAACGUUACAACAAGAACGUUGGGACGUAUUCUCUUUUAAUUUGUCUAUUGGUUAUGGUUUUUUGUGGGAAAGUUUUUGCCAUCAUUUGCACUUCAACAUGGUUUUAUUUUGCUCCUCGUUGUUUCAAACGUAUAGACUCAGAUGAGUACAAGAAAAAUGAUCGAUUGUUAUAUUUAGUACAAGAAAAAAAUGUAACUUUAUAGUUUAUAGAGCUAUUCUCCUAUCCAUUCUAUCCUUUAUUUUAAAUUUUGCUUGUUUUUUCUUCCCAUUAUAAUGUCAUGUAAGCCUGUGCAAUUGCAAUGGCCUUAUUUGUCAUAUUGUAAAUUGUACAAAAU